AUGACUUUUGGUAUUAAAAUUGCUAAGUUGCAGCUUUUGCCUCUGGUACAGUGUCUUUUGGUGAAGUUUGGAAACUUGAUUGGUGUGCGAGUGACCAAAUUCUGGAGAUCAAAUGUCACGCAUGUGAUUGCAGCCACAGAUCCAGAUGGGGCAUGCACCAGGACGCUGAAAGUUCUUAUGGCCAUUUUGAAUGGGAAAUGGGUUCUUACAAUUGAUUGGAUAAAGGCAUGCAUGGAAUCUAUGCACCCUGUGGAUGAAGAACCUUAUGAAAUUAGUCUUGACAGCCAUGGAAGCCGCGAUGGCCCCAAAACUGGCAGGCUUAAUUCAAUAAAUAAUGCACCAAAACUUUUCAAUGGCUUAAGUUUCUAUUUUGUCGGUGAUUUCGUGGCUGGCUACAAGGAAGGUCUCCAGAGUUUGGUUAUUGCAGGAGGAGGUACAAUUUUGAAGAGUGCGGAAGAACUGGUGGAACAAAGACAUGACCUGGUAUCUCCUUCAACCACACUAAUUGUUUAUAACCUUGAUCCCCCACAAGGGUGCAAAUUAGGAGAUGAAGUUUCAAUUAUUUGGCGUAGAGCAAAUGAAGCAGGGGAUUUAGCUGCUAAAGUCGGAUCCCAAGUCAUUGGUCACACAUGGCUCUUAGAGUCUAUUUCUGCAUACGAGUUGCAGCCUUUUGUAAACUGA